GCUGCACUGAGUGAAGAUUGCGUUUAUAAUCACUUAUCGGUGGAGUGGGGAAAGGAGAGUCAGGAAGUGAGGAUAUUUAUAUUAUUUGACAUAUUAUUUGAUAGCAUGUCAACUUUUGUGUGUGUGUGUGUGUGGGUGGGUGUUGGAUCAGUGACAGGUGGCGCUGGGGAGUUACCACGGCGAGCGGCUGGCUGGCUGCAGUGUUUUGGUCAGCACUGGUCAAUCUUGCCCUACACGCUCUAUUAACUAGUGUUUCCGUCUUCCCGACACCUUCUUCCUGCACCAAGCACCGUCAAGCAUCACCAGAGAGGCACGAGUACGUAAGCUAUCCAACAUCAAAACAGUAUAUGAAUAUGGCAAAUGCUGUUUUGACAUCAUUUCCUGCCAUCCUGAGAAACAGUGAUCUCGAGGAGCAUGAAUUGCAGCUGCAAUGGAAAUUGCGCAUCCAGCGCAAGUUUCAGAAUUCAAGAAAGAGGCAGGAUUCCUCAGUGACUGAGGUGACGUCAAGGAAAAAGAAGAUCCCUUGCAUAGCGCCAAAAGAGACUACGUGUCCACUGAUGUAUGGAGUAAAGGCUUACCUUCCACCAAGGCCCCAUUCAGAAGAUGAUGAGUCAUUAGAGAGACAUAGACAGUGGCUUGCUCUACAUUGGAUGAAGAAAGAUACCGAGUUAGAUAAGAUAAUCAAGGAGUUCCUGAGAUUAGAACCACAAGCGGAUGAACCAGACCCAAGAGUAGCAGUUUUGAAAGGGUUGGAGAAAUAUAGGCUCCCAAUAAUUGCCAUUCUCAAAAAAAGUAAAGCAGUUCCUCUGUAUAUGGAAACCUUACUUGAACUCUAUGACCACGAUGAAAGUCAAUAUGCUUGCUUAGUUAUAUUGGGGUUACUUCACCUGCUUGGAGAAAGGAAAGACUCCAUUUUUACUAAGGUACCAGAAGAAGAACUAAGAACAGGGCAGUGUAGUGUGUAUUUGAUGGUGCACCUGUAGCUGAAACAACAUGUAUUUUUAUGGCUGUAGAAUCAUUGGUAGCAGGGCUUUGUGUUUAAUAUUGAACACCCAAAAAAUUGUGAACAUUUCCUCCGUUUCACAACAUCCCAUCUCUUAGGUAUCAAGUAUGACAAAGGUAACACUUCAAAAACAAGAUCUCUACUUGUAAAACUCAAUGAAGUAAAGACAGAAUUAAGCUACAAAAAUGCAUAAAUCUGCUUCCAAAUAUAUUCAACUUCACACAUAAUGCCUCUCUCUCUCUCUCUCUCUCUCUCUCUCUCUCUCUCUCUCUCUCUCUCUCUCUCUCUCUCUCUCUCUCUCUCUCUCUCUCUCUCUCUCUCUCUCUCUCUCUCUCUCUCUCUCUCUCUCUCUCUCUCUCUCUCUCUCUCUCUCUCUCUCUCUCUCUUUCUCACACACACACACACUAGUCAAUUACUAGUUAAAGAUUAAUCAGUGAAAUAAAUACAUAACAUUAUGUAAAUAAGUUUUCUAAAAGGAAAAGGAAAUACUUGUACUUCCCCUUCCCCCCA